AUGAGUACAUAAUAUUAAAAAUAAAGAAUGAAUAAAUUUGUUCUAUUUCUGAGCGUUCUUUCCAUAUCUCUUUGUCUCCAAGCAUUAGACGACGAAGCUGAUUUAGUCGAUAAAAAUGAGUUGAAUAGAUUAUUCAAUAUAAACUACGAUGGAAAAGUCUAUUCAGGUUACCUUAAGGCAAAUACUGAAGGAACAGCCUAGUUUCAUUACAUGUUUUAUCCAGCUCCAGUUGAUGCAUUAAAUAAACCUGUAAUUCUUUGGCUGAAUGGCGGUCCAGGAUGCUCUUCAUUACAAGGUGCAUUUAAUGAGAAUGGUCCUUUUGUAUUUAAAGCAGGCACUGCAGAAUUUGAGAUGAAUCAGUUUUCUUGGACAAAUUUUGCCAAUAUGCUCUAUAUUGAAUCUCCAAUUACAGUAGGAUUUUCAUAUGGUCCUUAAGGUGACUAGUCUGACGAAUCUACAGCAAAAUAUAACAUUAAUGCCUUGGUUGACUUUUUUAGUAGAUUCACAGAAUAUAAAAAAUUACCAUUCUUCAUUUCUGGUGAAAGCUAUGCUGGAAUUUACAUCCCAACUCUAGCUAAUGAAAUCAUUGAUUAUAAUGCUGGUUUGGCUGCAGAUAGCCGAAUUAAUUUAUAAGGUUUGGCAAUAGGAAAUGGUUGUACAGACCCAACUGAAUGCACUGAUGACGCUGAUCCAUUCCAAAUUCAUGUUUACAAAUUUUACGGAAGACACAAUUUUAUUAGUGAGGAAUUAUAUGAAUAAAUAUUGACAGUCUAAAAUGAUUGUUAUGGAGUCAAAGAUGGAUAGUGCAAGGAAUUGGCUGAUAAAGUAGAAGUUGAAGUUAGUGGAAAAGAAUAAGAUUAAAUUAAAUUCAAUCCUUAUAAUAUAUAUGGGUAUUGCUUCACCUACACUCCAGAAGGUAGUAAGAUGAGUUAGAAAUUUGGUGGUAUGAGGUCACCAAACGAAGAUUCUGAUAUUCCUCCUUGUGCUGAUGUUCAAGGAUUAUAUCAUCAUUUGAGAUCCGCCGAAGUCAGAAAUCUCCUCAAAAUCAGACAAUAAUCUGCUUAAUGGGCUGUCUGUUCAAGAACUUUGGGCAAUUAUCAUGUGAAUCCUAAAGGAUCUUACUAUUUAUAUCAGAAGAUCUUGAAGAAUUAAAUAAGAAUUUUGAAAUUCAGCGGUGAUGUUGAUGCAGUUGUCCCCUUAACAGGAACUAUGUAUUGGGUUGAUAAAUUGUAGAAGGAAUUAUAUUUGGCUACUUUGAAACCUUGGAGACCUUGGUUUGUUCAUGCUUAGAGAGAUGUUGAUCCAGAUCAAAAUGCUGGUUAUGUUCUGGAUUUGGACGGUCUUACAUUGUUAACAAUAAGGAAUGCAGGUCAUAUGGUGCCAUUGGACAAAAGAGAGGAAUCAGAAAUCUUUAUGUAGAAAUUUAUAAAAGAUGAAUUAUUCCCUUGAGUUUAUAAAUUUGUUAGCUUUGUAUGAGUGUAUAAUUCUAUAA